AUGCUACAAGAGAACGAUAUAAUAAAUGAAGGCCUGGUGGUCUAUGAGUCGCUACCAUCCCCUGGACCUCCCUUUGUGAGUUAUGUCACCCUCCCAGGGGGAAGCUGUUUUGGCAACUUUCAGUGCUGCCUAAGUAGAGCAGAGGCCAGACGGGAUGCAGCUAAAGUGGCUCUAAUCAACUCCCUCUUCAACGAGCUGCCCUCUCGCAGGAUCACCAAGGAAUUCAUUAUGGAGAGUGUGCAGGAAGCCGUUGCUUCCACCAGUGGUACCCUAGAUGAUGCUGAUGACCCCAGUACCAGCAUUGGAGCCUAUCACUACAUGCUGGAGUCAAACAUGGGGAAGACCAUGUUAGAGUUUCAGGAACUGAUGACCAUUUUCCAGCUCUUGCACUGGAAUGGCAGCCUUAAAGCUCUUCGUGAAACAAAGUGUUCCCGACAGGAAGUCAUCUCCUAUUAUUCCCAGUAUUCCCUAGAUGAAAAAAUGCGCAGUCACAUGGCCCUGGAUUGGAUUACAAAGGAGCGAGAAUCACCAGGAAUUCUCUCGCAAGAGCUAUGAAUGGCCCUGAGAGAGUUGGAGGAAGCAAGGAAAGCAGGACAAGAACUGAGAUUUUACAAAGAAAAGAAAGAAAUCCUGAGUUUAGCCCUGACUCAGAUCUACAGUGACCCUGACGCUUCUUCCCCCAGUGAUGACCAGCUGAGCCUCACUGCCCUUUGUGGCUAUCACUAGUCCAGCAAUGGCUGGACUAAACGUUAAGAAACUCCUGGAAAUGGGAGGGGGUGGGUUAUGGGGAUUGGGUGUUGGGAAUUGUGUGGAGUUGUACCCCUCCUACCUUAUGCUUUUGUUCACUAAUCCUUUCUUAAAUAAAAAAUUAAAAAAAAAAAAAAUCUUGAUCCUGUUCUGUAGCUUAUCAGGGACUAUGUUCCAUUGUUCCAUUAGUCCCACCUGAAUUGGUGCCUCAAAAAAAAAAAAAAAUCUUUGUGAAAAACUUAAGUGUCUGGAACCCUGCUUGUAGCCAGUUCAGUGAGAUGAUUGAAAUUCCCAAAGGCUUCAGACAAUUAAAAUAAUGAUGCCCAGCCUCACAAAUUGGCGUGAGUAACUUGGGUGAUACCACAGAGGGAACGAGGAUUUUGACCCUCUCCAGUAAAUCAGCUUUAAUGAGGAUGUUCUUUGCUUUUCCUGUCACCCUUUC